AUUAAGCUGCUGGGUUUCCGACUGAACACCGAAACUGAAUGCGAGCUUUACGGGUUUAUAUAGUGGGAAGUGUCCGGCGCUUCGUUUCUACAGCUCAGUUUACUGUACCGGUUGCUAAGAGACGGAGACGGAGCUGCUGCUCUGCGCCGAGAGUGGAGACGAGUUCCGAAAAAUAGCUUUAAGGAAGUUUAUAAAGUUACCUGGAUUUUCAGCCGUACACAACCCAUAGCAUCUGCAGUAAACCCGGAAAGACUGCGAAACGCCGAGAAACGCCCUGAGAUAAAAGGGAACAUGCCAGGAACACAGAGGACAUUAAAGUAUAGUGAGGAGCUGAAGAUGAAGAAAUUGGUUGAGGAACUGCGUAAAAAAUCUCAGCAGAAAGGUGAGUCACAGCAGAGCCUGGCAGCAUCGAGUUCACAUCUGGACUCUCCAGUUCUGCUUGGAUUACCUGCUGAAUUGACUCCAGUGUCUGCAGAUAUUCACCAUAUAUUAACUACACCUGAAAUCAGAGAACCAUCUCUGUUUGAUGUGUCACCUAACUCUGUAGAAUUCAAAGCAGCACUCCCUACCACCUCUUCCCUUCCACAAAGUGCUCCUCCCCCCUCUUUGUCAAAGACAUCCAAAACGAGAAAAAGUGUACAACAAAAUCUGCUCCAUGAAAACGCAAGGGCAAAGCAUGGAGCUGGACAAGAGGAAGCCAUGAAACCAGCCAUUGCAUCUCUUGCAGGAACAGCUAGAUCAGUAUCUAUGUCUAAAAGGCCUCAGCCACCCGCUAAGCCCAGAUCAGAGAGGCCUUUGUCAACAGGGGGGACUUUUAAGAACCGCACUCAUUCACAGCAGUUGUCAAGUGAAAAAAAAAAAUCUACCACUCGGGUUCAGCAGACCACUGUUUUGAGCAGAGGUCGCUUGCUGACCUCCUCUAGCUCUGAUGGAAGUACAGUAGACAGUGAUGAGUCUGCUUCUGAUGAGUCAGAACAGAGUGGACAGAAGCACAGAAAGGCAAGAAAGAAAAAGAGGAGACAACUACAGGACUUGCAGCACACAACCCCUGAAAGUCUCAAAAGCAGCUCUUCAUCCAGCACCGUUCGGAGUGUGAAGUCUGUUGCUGAACUACUAGAGGAAGCAAGAGAAAUUGCAGCAGACCGACCACAGGAGACUGGCCACCAGAGGGUGCCACAGGAAGCAAGGUCAAAGACGCUAAUGAAGGAAAGUGCAAAUGAGCUCAUCACCUCUCCACAGAGUCGCAAAAGUGGAGCCCCCUCUGAGCUGAUCAUUAAAGAGCAGAUAGAGAGGGAGCUUGUGGACAAUAUUUCUGAUAAGGAGGUUGGGAGCCAGAAAGAUCUCUCAGCAAAACAGCUAGUAGAAGGCAUCAGUGAAAAGAAACCUUCUUCAGGACCUGUGCAUUAUGGACCUGUUUUAUCAGGAAGCUUUCAGGUAGACAUGCCAGCCUUACAGAAUGUUCCUGAACAUAUCUCUGAUGAGGAAAGUCUCAAGGACCUGUUCUCUCAGGUGACUGAUGUGGCUACAAUGGAGGCUCGAGGGGGUAGUUUUGCUCCAGUCCCAAGACCUCGAAGAGGUUCUCAGCAACCAAGAACCAUUCAUGGCCUUUCCUUCCUCGCAACCUGGACUCCUAAAACAAAUUCAGGAGAGUACAAAACCAUCCACCACCUCUGUACCACUCCUGCCUGUCAAGUCUUGCCAGUGGAGCUACAACAGGCCUCUAGUUUUUACCACACUCAGCACAUGUUUGCUGCAACUUCACAAUUUUAUCAGCAGAGGGCAGCACUCCACCUUGUUACUCACAGGGUGAUAUGUGAAGGUGUUCCUGUGGAGCAUGUUGGAGACACAGAGCAGACAGGCAGUGUCACAUACCUUGGAGCACAGUCAUCAAAUGCUCUAGCAGACUGGCAGAGGAUCGCAGAGUACUAUGUGGAAAAACCCAGGAUGAUUAUGUGUGGAUGUGCGGCCAAACUAUGUGAUGGUCAGUUGAGAAUGUUCUGGAGUCCAGCACCUCCGAAAUUUAGUUGUGCUCCGUGUGUUAUAAAAGACAAACUCUUCCCCCAAUACCAGGCUGUCCCUCCUGAUCUAUCCAGUGAGAAUGUCUUGGCUGGUCUGCAAGCUGUGAAAGAAUCAGGCAGCAGUCAGAUGGACAUGAAGCUAAACACUGCUGUGGAAAACAUUCUGUCUAGAAAGCACAAGUCUUUGAUGGACCUGAAAGCAGAAUGGGACCCAGUGCCUUCACCAGAUGUCUGCUUGGAACAGAAGCUUCUGGUGAAGCGUCCCUUCUCUGCCCCACAUUUAACCCCAGAUCCCAACUCUUCUCUGAGGCUGCAGUCUGACUUCUCCACCAUCAGCAGAGAGCUGGACCAUGUCCAGCAGCAGCAGCCCCCCGUCUGCACCCAGUCUGACUACAUGCUCAGUGCCAGCCAGGCUCAAUCUCAAGAUACUCAUAGUAAGCCCAGCUCUCCAAAGCAGUCGAGCUGGGACCUGAGCCCCGUAUCACAACCCCGCAGGGUCAGAGGCAGGAGAAUCCUGGCAAAGCAGUUCACCAGGAGCUCAAGUGCCACCCAGUCCAAAUGCAAGACCAGCAAAACAGGGAAGAAACUCAGCUCUGUUAAGCAGGCAUACGUUCUUAAGAAACUGAAGGAGCUGCCACGAACUCUAACCAGGAGUGAAUCUCUAUGUGAGAUGCCACAGAAGCCCAAAGUAUCUGCAGAGCAGACUACUCUCCUCCGCCACCCAAGCCUGCCACUGCUACUUGAAUUUGAGGACUUUACUACAGAGCGAGGCGGAAUUCCUAACACGCUUCCCCCCCGAGAGUGGGUUAGGGACAUCUGGAACACCUGGUUUGAUGAGGUCUUUCCCCCACGUGAGGAAGACAGAGCCAGGAGUGAUCAGCAAUCUGGAAAAACAUGCACAGUCUUCAGUGAGCAAGAGAAACAGCCUUUACAGAAUGAGAUCCACAUUCUGGACAGAGUGGAUCUCUCUGAGGUGCUGGAUGAGGGCCUAACCACUGUGGACCUGGAGAGGGAGGUAGCCAAGCUGACCCAGACUAUGGCUGAACAUGGGAGGGACAGUGCCUUUGACCUGUGUCGCAGAGGAGCACUAUAUAAAAAACUUGGUCAACUCAGCCAAGCACUUGAGGAUUUAAAUGCUGCCAUCUCUCUAGAGCCUCAUUUACUGGAUGCCUACUGGCACAGGCACAGCAUCUACCUGCUGAGAAAUGUCCCCAAUAGUGCUCUCGACGAUCUCAACUUCAUCAUUAAGCACAACAAGAAGCAUUCAGAUGCCUUUAAGUCAAGAGCAGAGAUCUACAGAAUGAAAGGAGAGAGCAAUCUGGCCAUAUUUAACUACACACAAGCCAUAAAGUGCAAGCCAGGGGAUCCUGAAAACUACUUCAGAAGGGCGAAGAUGUAUGAGAAGACAAGAGAGGUCAUUUUGGCCAUGGAGGACUAUGCCAAAACAUUUGCCAUUAACCCAGCGAGGACAGAUGCACUAAUGGCACAUGGCCUACACUACUUCCACACUUCUAACUGGAGAGUGGCCCUGGAAGACUUCACUCUGCUGCUGAAGCAGGAGCCUACAAAUGCCAGAGCCAGGACCUACAGAGGAAGGAUCUUUGCCAAGCUUGGCCAUUUUCAAGAGGCUAUUGAGGACUUUUCUUUGGCUGUGCACUUGGAUCCCAGUGACUGGCUGGCAUUUUACCAUCGUGGUUGUCUGCUCAGGAAGAUAAAGCCUGAUUUGGCCUUAAGAGACUUCAGUAUUUCUGUGCUUAUCAAUGAUAGUUCAGAGAAUCUUGGUGCAUUCCUUCAUCGUGGCCUUCUCUACACGGAGUGCCAGCAGUGGCAGCAGGCCAUGGCUGACUUUGAAGCUGUGAUCAAACUCGACAGGACUGUUGCUGUAGCCCAUAUCAACUUGGGGCUUAUCUACAUGCUGACGAUGGACCAGAAUUAUGAUGCUAUCAAAAUGUUUAGCAAUGCUUUAAAAGUGGACCCUACGCACAUACGAGGCUACAUAUGCCGAGCCAGAGCUUAUCACAUGGUGAAUGAUCUGGAGAAAGCUCUAAAAGAUCUCACUAGAGCCAUACACAUAAGACCAGAUGCUCAACAUCUGCACAUAAUGAGAGGGCAGUGUUUGUGUGAUAUGGGGCUGUUUGACCUGGCAACAUUCUGUGUACAGUAUGCAGCAGAGAUGAAUAAAGUUCUGGGCUCAUCUCUGGUCCAGCAGGCAGCUGUCCAGUCUUUCCUGAGGAACGAUGCCAAAGCUAUUGCCUGCCUGGUGUCGGCUGCCAACUCCCACCCCUCUUCUCCUGUCCUCAUCCUGUUAGGAAAGACGCAGAUGAAGGCACACAAGUUCAUGGAAGCUGUAGAGAGCUUCAAAAAAGCUCUGUCUUUCCUGAGUCCCCCUGAGACGAACCUCUGUGAUGUGCCUGAGGCUUCUGAGCUGUACUACCUCACUGGCAUGUGCUACAUGGCUCAGGGAGAAGACUCUUUACUGCCUCAGGCUCUUGAAGCUUUCAGCAAUGCAGUGAGAAUAAAUCCUGAAAACGCUGCUGCUUACCACCAGAGAGGCCUGUGCCGCAUACGCCUACAACAGUCUAAGAGUGUGCAAGACUUCAACAGUGCGCUGUACAUCAACCCUAACUUCUUUCAGGUGUACCUAAGUCGGGCUGCUUUUUAUGGAGUUAAAAGCCGAUAUUCUAAGGCAAUUCUCAACUGUAAUGAAGCUAUCAGGAUCCAGCCAAAGUGUGUCAGAGCCUACUUAUACAGAGGAGCUCUCAAAUUCCAUUCAAAGGUGUAUAAAGGGGCAGUGGAGGAUUUGACAAUGGCCAUCAAAAUUGAUAAUGCCUGCUCUUUUGCAUACUACAACCGUGGCGUGUGUUAUCAGCAGCUGAAGGAAUAUGAGCUGGCUCUCGGAGACUAUAGCAUAGUGCUACUUCUUCCCAGUCAGAAGGAGCUUGAGCUUAAAGUCCUGAUAAAUCGUGCACUUGUCUAUGUGGAACUUGAUGAUCAUUACAACGCCCUUCAGGACUUUAAAGCUGCUGCCAUGAAACAUUCUGAGGAUGCGUCUAUCCGCCAUUCACUAGGAGUCCAUUAUCACAGGUUAGGACAAAUGCAGGAAGCAGUGGAGGCUUACAGUGAGGCUUUGAGACUCAGCCCUUUCCUACUUGAUGCCUAUGUCGGACGCGGCAAUGUAUUCAUGGACUAUGGUCAUGCCCAGGCCAACAAACAGGCCCAAAGGGACUUCCUCUCUGCCCUGCAUCUCAACCCUCUGUGCUCCAGUGCCCGCAUUGGCCUGGCCUACAACUUCCAGGUUUUUGGAUGCUUCCAGAGAGCCUGGAAUCAGUUCACUGUGGCUGUGGAGGUUAAUCGAAAGUGCUGGGCUGCCUACGAGGGAAGAGCUAUUGUCAAUCUGCAGAUGGGGAACACAUUUGCUGCCUUCCAGGACAUAAACAAUGCUCUGAAGUGCAAUCCUAACUCAGAUCGGCUUCUGACGAACCGAGGUGUGAUAAACCAGUUCAUGGGAGACAAAGCCAGCGCCAUGAGUGACUAUCAGAGAGCCAUUUCCCUCAACCCCACAUGUGCCCUUGCUUUCUUCAAUAUGGCUAACCUGUUUUUCUACAACAGACAGUUUGAACAGGCAUGUGAGUACUACAGCUGGGCUUUUCACCUCAACCCCAGUGACGAGUCGGCCAUCCUGAACCGUGCCAUCACUCUGGCUCUAUUGCGGAAAAUUCCAGAGUCCUUGAGGGACUUCAGUGAGGCUCUCAAUCUCAGCCCUCACUCAGCUCAUGUCCAUUUCAACAGAGCCAAUCUGUACUUAUCUCUCAGGAAGUACAAAGCAGCAGAGAGGGACUAUACACAAGCUAUUCAACUUCAGCCUGAUGAUGCUCUGCUGUAUAAGCUCAGGGCAGAUGUGCGUGGUCAUCUAGGGCUGACCAAACAGGCAGUCAAAGACUAUAGAACUGCAGUGGAGCUCCAAGAUGCUAAACAGCAACCUCAAGCAAGUCUCUUCAACAGGUGAUGGCAGCCCCUCAGGACAGAAUACACAAACAGUUUGAUUUUUGGUGUUCAUUUGUGUAAUUUAUUUCUUAGAGCUGUAUAAGCAGCAUAACUUGAUAAUGACUGAUUUUGAAAGUGUGUUUGUGAUUAAAGCUUGUGUUCUAUAGCAGCCAUGUAAUUUUGCCCUUACAUAGAAUCAGUGUCAUUUAUGGGUACAUUCAAACACCACAGUUUAAUCUGCAUUGUAUGUACCUUUUCAUUGUCAGCAGCCUCCCUGUUUUCAAAUUUGUCUUUCUCAUGACGAUAGCAUUGACAUACAGUACACUCAUCAAACAUUAAAAAGGUUUUUUUGGAGCGAUGCCAUAGAAGAACCCUUAGUUUGCUUAAGAAGCUUUCAAUGAAUGGUUCUGUAGAAAAGAAUACUCCACCAUUGUUUAAACUAAUCUCAAUCGAUCACAUCUCUAGCACACAGUGGAUUACCAAUUAUCUGUCUGAUGCUUUUUUCCUGUACAAAGAAAAUAAUAGGAAAUCCAUAAAAGCACAAAUCCACAUUUGUAAUAGAGGCCAAUGGGUUUUCACUGAAUGGGUUUUCUCCUCUAAGUACAGUGAAAUGCAUCAAAAUGAUUAUCUGUGGUAAUUGACUGCGUACUCCAGUGGAAAAAGCUGGAAUGCUCCUUUAAACAACCAUCCAUUCAAAAGGUCCUUUAGAGAACCAAAAGUUGGUAUUUUAUGGUGUAGUAACAACAACAGAGAUUUUUUUUUACUUUUAAGCUUGAACACAUAUGAAAUCAAGCUGUUUUAGUAUCUGAAAUAUUGCAGUCAAAAUAAACAAAAAGAAAAUUGACAAUGGGUGGGAAAGCAAAGCAUAAUGCAGCAGAAGCAGCAUAACACCUGCAGAAUGCCCUGGCUCCCCUCCAUCUUUCAGAGAGAGAGAGAGAGAACAUGAGAAAGAGUGUUAACACAGCCAUCUGCUCCUCUCACACACAAAGCUGUAAUGGUUUUGCUCAAUACACUUCAAGGGCAACUUGAGCUUCUCUCUGAACAAAAACAAAUAGAAAUAUUAUUAGACUUCUGACUGACUCAUUUCAGGAUAAUAUUUAUUUUUUCUCAAAUAGAUGAAAAUAUUUUGCUAUUAAGAAAGGAGUAUUACAGCACAUACAUACCUUCCUAUUGAGUCAGGGAAAUUUUGGGGGGUAUCAGGCCAUUUUUACAUUUUGCGUUACCAUAUAAGAACAGUCUAGAACCAUCUGUACCUCUAAAGCCUGUUUUAAAGGGCUCACAUCAUGAAGAAAAUAUACUUUCCUUUAUUUUUAAAAACAGAAGUUUGAUGCAUUAUGUAAUCCAGUCCAAUAGUCUGUAUAUCAAAA